AUGUUUUUAAACCUCUAUAAUUUAAGAAAUAAAAAAACAUUAUUUUAUGUUAUAUUACUCUUUAUUCAAUUAAUUUUACCUUACAAUUUUUAUCAUUUAAAAAAAAGAAACUCACUUUUUUUGGGACCAUCCUAUUCAUUUAAAAAAAAAAAAAGAAAUGAAAUAAAAAAUAUCAGAAUAUUUAAUGAAAAAUGUAUAUGCAAAAGUGUAGACAAAAAUUAUGAUGUUAUAGUUAUAGGAGGAGGGCACAGUGGAUGUGAAGCAAGUUAUAUAAGCUCGAAAUUAAAUGCAAAGACUUUAUUAAUAACUCAAAAUAAAAAUAGUAUAGGUGAAAUGUCGUGUAAUCCAUCUAUUGGUGGAAUAGGUAAAGGCAUUUUAGUAAAAGAAAUUGACGCAUUGGGUGGAUUAAUGGGUAAGGUAAUAGAUAAAAGUGGAAUUCAUUUUAAAAUUUUGAACUUAAAGAAAGGCUUAGCUGUAAGAGGGCAUAGAGCACAGGCAGAUAGAGAUUUAUAUAAUUAUUAUAUGAAAGAAUAUAUUUUCAAUACGAAAAAUUUAUAUAUUAUUGAGAAUACUGUGCAAUCAUUAUUAAUUGAAAAUUUUGAAGAUAAUAAGAAAAGAGUUUAUGGAAUAAAAAAUAAAUGCUCUUGUGAGUUUUAUGCCUAUAAUGUUAUUUUAACAACUGGCACAUUUUUAGGUGGUAUUUGCCACAUAGGAAAAGAAAAAUACUAUGGGGGAAGACUUAAAAGAAUAUUCAAUUAUCCUCCUCACAAUAAUUUACAUGAAUCAAAAAAUAAUUUAUCAAAUAAUAUAGACCUUAAUAAUAAUAAUGGAAAUAUUGAAAUAAAGAAAAAUAUUUAUUUUAAUAAAAAUGCAUACAAUUAUUCUGAAAAGUGUAGUAUUAAUAUAAAUGACAAUGUUGACACUAUAUUUGAUAAUUUGAUAGAGUCAUCCAGCAAAAGUAUUUCAAAUCAACUAAAAGAAAAUAAUUUUGAAAUAAAGAGAAUGAAAACGGGAACUCCUCCGAGAUUAGAUAUAAAUAGCAUAAAUUUUGAUAUAUUAGAUAAAGAAGAUACAGAAAAAAAAAACUCUUUUUAUUUUUCUUUUUUAAACAGCAAUAAAACAAAUAAUAAUAAAACGUUACCUUGUUACAAAACAUAUACAAAUGAGAACACACAUGAGUUAGUAAAAAAAUAUUUAAAUGAAUUACCAGAUUUUGAUUGUUAUGAUAAAUUGGGGAAUGGACCUAGGUAUUGCCCCUCUAUAGCUAAAAAAGUAACAAAAUUUUCUGAAAAAAAAAAACAUAUUAUAUGGUUAGAACCAGAAGGGCUUAAUGGCACUUUAAUUUAUCCUAAUGGAUUGAGUUCUGCUUUUCCUAUACAUAUACAAAGAAAAAUAGUGAAUUCUAUAGAAGGGUUGGAAAAAGCAAAAAUAAUUUUUCCAGCAUAUGAUGUAGAGUACUACUACGUUAAUCCUAACUGUUUAAAGCACACUCUAGAAACAAAAAAUGUUAAGGGGCUAUUUUUAUCCGGGCAAAUAUGCGGUACAACAGGAUAUGAGGAAGCUGCAUGCCAAGGAAUUAUUGCAGGAAUAAACGCAGCAUUAAAUUCAUAUAAAAAUAAAAGGGAUAUAAAAAGUUUCAUAUUACAGAGAAAUAAUAGCUAUAUAGGCGUUUUAAUACACGAUUUAAUAAAUAAAGGUAUUACAGAACCUUAUAGAAUGUUUACAUCAAGAGCUGAAUAUAGAUUAUAUCUAAGACCUGACAAUAGUGAUAUUAGAUUAACACCAAAAGCAGAACAAUUAGGAAUAGUUUCUAAAGAAAGAAUUUAUAUAUUAAAGCAGAAAUAUGGUUCAGUAAAUAAAUUAAUUUUUAUUUUCAAAAAAUUAUUUUUUAAUAAUAUUCAAGAAUCAAGUAGAAAUGAAAAUAUAAAUUCUUGUAGUAUUGAGAAUAAUUAUUCAAAUGAAAAUGAUUACAAAAUGAAUUUUUCUAAUCAAGGUUAUUUAAAUGAUUGUGAAAAAUAUAUCAAAACGAAAAGUUUCAAAAGUAUUGAUGAAAAUAAUGAAUCUAAGAACGUAAUUAGUGGUUAUAAAAACUCACAAAAAAAUAAUUGCACUGGAAAAAUACUUAUACAUAGCAAUGACAUAAAAUGCACUAAUAACACAUCAAUUUAUUCAAAAGACAGUACUAAUUUAAGGUUAAAAUCAAAUAAAAAUAUAAAAACAUUAUAUAAUGUUCUAAAAAGUGGAGUAGAAUACCCUUUAGACAUACUAUUGCAUAAAUUAAAAGGUAUGCAAAAUUCUAGUGAUUUUAAAAAUUUGUUAUUAAAUAACGAAAAUCAUCUCAGUAUCUACAUAGAUAAAUAUAAUUUCGAUGAAUCAUUUCUAAAAUGUAAGGAUAUUUUAAUAAAUUUAACAACUCUAGAAACUGCUUGUGCAGAAGUUAAGUAUUCUCCCUAUUUAAAGAAGCAGAUUCAAGAAAUAAACAAAAUAAAUAACAAUUUGAACUUAACUAUUCCUUCUUACAUCAAAUAUAAUAGAGAUAAUUUUCCAUAUUUAUCAAAUGAAGAAAUUGAAAAAUUGAAUAAAUUUAAACCUCAAACAUUGUAUGAUGCUAAUAAAAUUGAAGGUGUAACUAUAAGUGCUAUUUAUUAUUUAUACUAUUACAUAAAAAAUCAGAAACAUAAAUGUAACAAAAAAUUAGUAUAA